CCAACAGCAGAGGUUCCAACAUCAAGAUCGCGCAGCACGUAUUUAGCAGAGAGUGAAGAGUCAACAGUUCGAUUCCAUUCGCAUACAACUGCGGCUUUCCUAGGAAAGAAGUUAGACAAAAAGGACUGAGUCCUCAGACCUAAUUUAAAGCUCAUCUAUGCCAUUGGAUUGCAUUUUUGGACUUGAAAGUCUCCUUGUAUUAAAGUCCAUUGCACCUUCGUUGUGAAAUUUUACGCAUUCCUUUGGAACGGACUCGAACCCUAGUUUGUAGCCUUGUGGUCUGUCCUCACAUGCGGUUCGUUGUCUCGCUGACGCUGGGUUGCAUCAGCCUACUGGGGCUACAGCUGCUGCCGACCUACGUACUGCCCUGCCCCCUCACGAGCGGGCAGCUACAGCCCGUGAAGCGCAGAGUACAUGACAAGGAGACUCUUGUUGUGUCUGCAUCUGAUGAGGAGCAUCAGAAGAAAUCCCAGCAGCAUGCAUCGAGCAGUGCCCUUCCUAAAUUUGCAUGGAUCAGAGAGACCAGGAAGAGGAAAAGGAAAGGAUUUCACAAUUUUCAGUCUCUGCACAAUGGUUCAUUUGUGCCCCAGGAGCAAGCCCAUCGACAUUAUGGAAGCUUACAGAGUAAUCUACUUUCUACAAGAGAAAGGCUGAAGAAUUCUCGCAACAGGAGACAUACCCAUGGCAGUUCACGUGCACACCUGAUGCGUGUAGGUUGUGUUUUGGGAACCUGCCAGGUUCAGAAUCUGAGCCAUCGCCUCUGGCAAUUAAUGGGUCAGUCAGGUCGUGAAGAUUCUGCUCCAGUAAAUCCAAACAGUCCGCUUAGCUUUGGAUGAUGGUAGUGCCACUGAACACGGCAGAGUACAUUGCUUUCAUUCAUUUCUACUUUUCAUGAUAGCACUAGUGUUUAGUAUGAACUGCAGCACACUUGCACUGUGUUGCAAGAAACUAUGAUUCUUUGUUGAAGGUUUUUGGGAAGGCUUUAUCAUUGCAGGCCUGUGUGUUACAGUUCUGAUGGUUGUGUACCUGUUGUUCUUUAAAAAUAAUUACUUGUAAACAGCAGAAAUAAAAUGUCCAGCUAGAUACAUUUGCCAUAUGGGUGAUGUACCACAUAAUGCUAAUUUUUACUCAUUUUUAAGUUCUGGCAGCAGGAAAAGCAGUUAGGACACUCAAGCUAUAUGCAGUAAAUGUAACUUUCCUUAUAUACAAAUAGAGGUUUCUGGUAUCUUCCUAUGUAUGUCAUGCUGUUACCUACACUGCUUUGUGUUCUGCAUCCCAACACCCUACCAUAUAGCUUUUUUGUUGAUAAAAUUAACUGUCUAUUAUUUUUUUUUGAUGACUGUUGCAAAAUGUAUUGCCUUCCCUUCCUGUAAAGUUAUUCCUGAUAACUAAUGCAUACAAAUUCACAUUUAUGGUACUUGUGUGCUGUAAGUUAAAAUUUAGAUUCAGAUGUGUCCUUUUGGUCAUUAGAAAUAUUUGUGAUUGCUAGUGGAUGUGGGACUACUGAGCUAAGUAUUGAUUCAGAAACAUGCCAUACUAUAAAACGCAGACAUUUUGCACUUCUAAGUGACAGAACUGUACGACUAAAUUCAAGUGUAAUUUAAGAGAAUGUUCCUAGUAAUGUGGGAGUACACAUGUAUAUCAGUGCUGAAUGCGCGUGACAGAGGAUGCCCACACAUUUACACUACAUUCCACACUAUCCCUGUACUAAUAGUGUACUACAGUUUGUUUAACUGUAACUUGAAGCAGUUAUUUGGGGAAGGGGUCUCUGUUCUAGUACUUUAACAUACCAAGUUCAACUAAGGUAUUCAAGUCAAAGGUCUUAGCAAUAAAAACAUGACAUGAUAAUGUCUUCCCUUUGUUAUAAUAGGAGGCAGAAUCAACACUAAGAAGUUAAUAGAUUCUCUGGUAAAAACAUUACAAUGUUUUAUCACAUGUACUUCAGUGUCCUUUUAUACUGCACUUGGCUUUAGACUUGUUAUUCUGGUAACAUGUCUGCAAAUAUCAUUAUUUCUUAGUGCACUGCUGUGCCAAGUUUUUAGCUGCCAUUCCACUAACAAAGCUGAUAAUUAGAGAUAGUACAUUGAUUGUAUGUUACUGCAUUACAGCUUUAAACCAGACAUAAAGUCAUUACCCUGCUUAGAACAUUAGACAUCUUGUGAUUCACUAGUGCAAUGAAUUAUCACCACAUUUGCCAAAUGAGGCUUUACGUUUGGUACAAAUAUGUGAUGAAUUAUUACACUAGUAUUCUGUGUUACAGCAUCUGCUAAAGUAGUGUAACAAAUCAGAGCACAGGAUUAUAGUAUUAUGUAUCUGUGUUUCAGAACAGUAUUGUGAGUCAGUGCACUAGAAUUUCAUUCUGCCGUGUCUAAGGCACUAGUGUCCUGAAGUGGCUGUGCAGUGUUCUGAGUUAAUGCACUAAUGUCUUAAUGAACUACAGCAGAUCAUUGCACUAGAGUUCAGUCUUUUGAACUAGUCUUCCUUUGUAUUGAAAAUAUCUUGAGAGUGAUUUAAUAGUGAAUGAAGACUGCACUAGGAUUAUAGAGUACUAAACACGGAACACAGGUUCUAAUAAACUGAGUAUAAUGUGCAAAUAUACUUCAUGGAUUAUUGUUCAUGAAAUUAACAUCCUGAGUUAUGAAGUAGUGAAUAAAGGUUUUGCAUUAAGA